UAUCUAGUCAUUCUGUCGUGUGGAGAGCAUCUGCUAUCUUCAGUAGAAAGCAGAGGUCCAAGACACAGAGACAACUCAGCAUGGACAAGACUGUGGUUUUGAUCAUUGUCACUGCAUUGGGCUUUGAGCUUGCAGCAGCACAACUAUGCCCGGUGAACCAAUGCAUAGACCAGACCCAAACCUGUCAUGCAAGGGACAAGCUUGGAGAGCUAAACUACAUCUGUGAAUGUAACAAGCCCUUCAGAGCUGGCGUUGACUGCCAACUCAAUACAGACAACAUAGAGAUAACCACGUGUUAUGGUCUACAGUGCAGCUCAGGCUCGUUCUCCUCAAUCAACUAUCCCUCAACGUACAAUGUGCGCCACCGUGCCAUCUACUUAUUGUACAUCCCAGGAGCAACAGAGAUUGUCUUUCAGUUCGAUACACCAUUUCGCAUUGAGAGACCUAAAGAUGAAGUGUACAUCGGCAGUGGUGUUAGUCCAGAUUUAAAUGCCCUCGUAUCUCAAAGCAAUCCUCCAAAUCUGUACUUCUUUGAUGGUGAUAUAACCCCACCGGGCACCUACAGCAUUUUUUCUGAUACUGCAUUCGUCUACUUCCUCACAGAUAAAAACAUCGAGUAUGAAGGAUUUCGAGUACGAUGGAACGCCGUUGAUGACAUAGCUCCUGUUAUAAACUGUCCAGCUGCCAUAAGUCAGUUAAUUCCUUUUGGACAGUCAGUUGUUGCUGUUGAUUGGACGAUCCCAACUGCUUUUGACAAUUCUGGGAUAGCACCUACUGUUACGGCAAAUCCAUCAUAUUUCCCUGGCCACCAGUUUCAACAAGGGACAACCACUAUCACCUACACAGCAACAGAUGCAGCCUUCAAUAGUGCUCAAUGUACAUUCACGAUUACCCUUACACAAGAAGUGGAUAACGUAAAUCCUGUUAUCACCUGUCCAGCCCCCAUAACUCAGUCAAUACCUUUUGGACAAGAGCUUGCUAGGGUGUUUUGGUCACUCCCAACGGCUUUUGACAAUUCUGGGAUAACUCCUACUGUGACGCCAAAUCCAACAUUUUUCCCUGGCCAACAGUUUUCACAAGGGACAACCACUAUCACCUACACAGCAACAGAUGCAGCCUUCAAUAGUGCUUCCUGUACAUUCUCUAUUACCCUUACACAAGAAGUGGAUACCAUACCUCCUGUUAUUAACUGUCCAGAAGCCACAAGUCAGUCAAUACCUUUUGGACAAUCAUUUGCUCCUGUUUUUUGGACAAUACCAACUGCUUCGGACAAUUCUGGGGUGGCUCCUACUGUAAGAGAAAGGAUAAUUGUUAAAAGUGUGAUUGUGACAUGGAAUCAGCCUACUGCCUCAGAUAACUCUGGUCAGACACCAAACGUGCAGACUACACACCAAUCUGGAUCCAGUUUCCCUGUUGGCACUUCUACCGUUAUCUACACAUUUACUGAUGCUGCUGGAAACGAGGCUACUUGUAGUUUUAAUGUCAAUAUAGUAUCUGUGGAUACCGUACCUCCUGUUAUCAAUUGUCCAGAAGCCAUAAUUCAUUCAAUACCUUUUGGACAAUCGGUUGCUCCUGUUUUUUGGACAAUACCAACUGCUUCGGACAAUUCAGGGACAGCUCCUACUGUGACUGCAAAUCCAUCGUUUACCCCUGGCCAACAGUUUCAACAAGGGACAACCACUAUCACCUACACAGCAACAGAUGCAGCCUUCAAUAGUGCUUCCUGUACAUUCACGAUUACCCUUACACAACAAGUUGACACAGUGCGACCAGAGAUUCAAUUUUGUCCACAAAAUAUAAACCAACAGAUACAGUUUGGAGUACCAAGUGUGAUUGUGACAUGGAAUCAGCCUACUGCCUCAGAUAACUCUGGUCAGACACCAAACGUGCAGGCUACACACCAAUCUGGAUCCAGUUUCCCUGUUGGCACUUCUACCGUUAUCUACACAUUCACUGAUGCUGCUGGCAAUGAGGCUACUUGUAGUUUUAAUGUCAAUGUAGUAUCUGUGGAUACCGUACCUCCUGUUAUCAAUUGUCCAGAAGCCAUAAGUCAGUCAAUACCUUUUGGACAAUCGUUUGCUCCUGUUUUUUGGGCAAUACCAACUGCUUCGGACAAUUCAGGGACAGCUCCUACUGUGACUGCAAAUCCAUCGUUUACCCCUGGCCAACAGUUUCAACAAGGGACAACCACUAUCACCUACACAGCAACAGAUGCAGCCUUCAAUAGUGCUUCCUGUACAUUCACGGUUACCCUUACACAACAAGUUGACACAGUGCGACCAGAGAUUCAAUUUUGUCCACAAAACAUAAACCAACAGAUACAGUUUGGAGUACCAAGUGUGAUUGUGACAUGGAAUCAGCCUACUGCCUCAGAUAACUCUGGUCAGACACCAAACGUGCAGGCUACACACCAAUCUGGAUCCAGUUUCCCUGUUGGCACUUCUACCGUUAUCUACACAUUCACUGAUGCUGCUGGCAAUGAGGCUACUUGUAGUUUUAAUGUCAAUGUAGUAUCUGUGGAUACCGUACCUCCUGUUAUCAAUUGUCCAGAAGCCAUAAGUCAGUCAAUACCUUUUGGACAAUUGGUUGCUCCUGUUUUUUGGGCAAUGCCAACUGCUUCGGACAAUUCAGGGACAGCUCCUACUGUGACUGCAAAUCCAUCGUUUACCCCUGGCCAACAGUUUCAACAAGGGACAACCACUAUCACCUACACAGCAACAGAUGCAGCCUUCAAUAGUGCUUCCUGUACAUUCACGGUUACCCUUACACAACAAGUGGAUACCGUACCUCCUGUUAUCAAUUGUCCAGAAGCCAUAAGUCAGUCAAUACCUUUUGGACAAUCGGUUGCUCCUGUUUUUUGGACAAUACCAACUGCUUCGGACAAUUCAGGGACAGCUCCUACUGUGACUGCAAAUCCAUCGUUUACCCCUGGCCAACAGUUUCAACAAGGGACAACCACUAUCACCUACACAGCAACAGAUGCAGCCUUCAAUAGUGCUUCCUGUACAUUCACGAUUACCCUUACACAACAAGUUGACACAGUGCGACCAGAGAUUCAAUUUUGUCCACAAAACAUAAACCAACAGAUACAGUUUGGAGUACCAAGUGUGAUUGUGACAUGGAAUCAGCCUACUGCCUCAGAUAACUCUGGUCAGACACCUAACGUGCAGACUACACACCAAUCUGGAUCCAGUUUCUCUGUUGGCACUACUACCGUUAUCUACACAUUCACUGAUGCUGCUGGCAAUGAGGCUACUUGUAGUUUUAAUGUCAAUAUAGUAUCUGUGGAUACCGUACCUCCUGUUAUCAAUUGUCCAGAAGCCAUAAGUCAGUCAAUACCUUUUGGACAAUCGGUUGCUCCUGUUUUUUGGACAAUACCAACUGCUUCGGACAAUUCAGGGACAGCUCCUACUGUGACUGCAAAUCCAUCGUUUACCCCUGGCCAACAGUUUCAACAAGGGACAACCACUAUCACCUACACAGCAACAGAUGCAGCCUUCAAUAGUGCUUCCUGUACAUUCACAAUUACCCUUACACAACAAGUUGACACAGUGCGACCAGAGAUUCAAUUUUGUCCACAAAACAUAAACCAACAGAUACAGUUUGGAGUACCAACUGUGAUUGUGACAUGGAAUCAGCCUGUUGCCUCAGAUAACUCUGGUCAGACACCUAACGUGCAGACUACACACCAAUCUGGAUCCAGUUUCUCUGUUGGCACUACUACCGUUAUCUACACAUUCACUGAUGCUGCUGGCAAUGAGGCUACUUGUAGUUUUAAUGUCAAUAUAGUAUCUGUGGAUACCGUACCUCCUGUUAUCAAUUGUCCAGAAGCCAUAAGUCAGUCAAUACCUUUUGGACAAUCGGUUGCUCCUGUUUUUUGGACAAUACCAACUGCUUCGGACAAUUCAGGGACAGCUCCUACUGUGACUGCAAAUCCAUCGUUUACCCCUGGCCAACAGUUUCAACAAGGGACAACCACUAUCACCUACACAGCAACAGAUGCAGCCUUCAAUAGUGCUUCCUGUACAUUCACAAUUACCCUUACACAACAAGUUGACACAGUGCGACCAGAGAUUCAAUUUUGUCCACAAAACAUAAACCAACAGAUACAGUUUGGAGUACCAACUGUGAUUGUGACAUGGAAUCAGCCUGUUGCCUCAGAUAACUCUGGUCAGACACCUAACGUGCAGACUACACACCAAUCUGGAUCCAGUUUCUCUGUUGGCACUACUACCGUUAUCUACACAUUCACUGAUGCUGCUGGCAAUGAGGCUACUUGUAGUUUUAAUGUCAAUAUAGUAUCUGUGGAUACCGUACCUCCUGUUAUCAAUUGUCCAGAAGCCAUAAGUCAGUCAAUACCUUUUGGACAAUCGGUUGCUCCUGUUUUUUGGACAAUACCAACUGCUUCGGACAAUUCAGGGACAGCUCCUACUGUGACUGCAAAUCCAUCGUUUACCCCUGGCCAACAGUUUCAACAAGGGACAACCACUAUCACCUACACAGCAACAGAUGCAGCCUUCAAUAGUGCUUCCUGUACAUUCACAAUUACCCUUACACAACAAGUUGAUACAGUGCGACCAGAGAUUCAAUUUUGUCCACAAAACAUAAACCAACAGAUACAGUUUGGAGUACCAAGUGUGAUUGUGACAUGGAAUCAGCCUACUGCCUCAGAUAACUCUGGUCAGACACCAAACGUGCAGACUACACACCAAUCUGGAUCCAGUUUCUCUGUUGGCACUUCUACCGUUAUCUACACAUUCACUGAUGCUGCUGGCAAUCAGGCUACUUGUAGUUUUAAUGUCAAUGUAGUAUCUGUGGAUACCGUACCUCCUGUUAUCAAUUGUCCAGAAGCCAUAAGUCAGUCAAUACCUUUUGGACAAUCGGUUGCUCCUGUUUUUUGGACAAUACCAACUGCUUCGGACAAUUCAGGGACAGCUCCUACUGUGACUGCAAAUCCAUCGUUUACCCCUGGCCAACAGUUUCAACAAGGGACAACCACUAUCACCUACACAGCAACAGAUGCAGCCUUCAAUAGUGCUUCCUGUACAUUCACGAUUACCCUUACACAACAAGUUGAUACAGUGCGACCAGAGAUUCAAUUUUGUCCACAAAACAUAAACCAACAGAUACAGUUUGGAGUACCAAGUGUGAUUGUGACAUGGAAUCAGCCUACUGCCUCAGAUAACUCUGGUCAGACACCAAACGUGCAGACUACACACCAAUCUGGAUCCAGUUUCCCUGUUGGCACUUCUACCGUUAUCUACACAUUCACUGAUGCUGCUGGCAAUCAGGCUACUUGUAGUUUUAAUGUCAAUGUAGUAUCUGUGGAUACCGUACCUCCUGUUAUCAAUUGUCCAGAAGCCAUAAGUCAAUCAAUACCUUUUGGACAAUCGGUUGCUCCUGUUUUUUGGACAAUACCAACUGCUUCGGACAAUUCAGGGACAGCUCCUACUGUGACUGCAAAUCCAUCGUUUACCCCUGGCCAACAGUUUCAACAAGGGACAACCACUAUCACCUACACGGCAACAGAUGCAGCCUUCAAUAGUGCUUCCUGUACGUUCAUGAUUACCCUUACACAACAAGUUGACACAGUGCGACCAGUGAUUCAAUUUUGUCCACCAAACAUAAACCGAGAAAUACCAACUGGAGUUACAAGUGUGAUUGUGACAUGGAAUCAGCCUACUGCCUCAGAUAACUCUGGUCAGACACCAAACAUGCAGACUACACACCAAUCUGGAUCCAGUUUCUCUGUUGGCAGUUCUAAUGUUAUCUACACAUUCACUGAUGCUGCUGGCAAUGAUAAUACUUGUAGCUUUAAUGUCAUUGUAGCAAAUGUGGAUCAUACCCCUCCAGAAAUUACUUACUGUCCUGCAGACAUCACAAUGACUACAUUGAGAGGUUCAGGCCCAACUGUUGUAACCUGGACAGAACCGACUGCCAAUGAUAACUCUGGUAACACACCGGUAGUGUCAAGCAAUCAUAACUCUGGUGACGCCUUUCCUACUACAGUCAGAACUAGUGUCACAUACACAUUCAGAGAUGCAGCAGGAAACAGUAUGGACUGCACAUUUACAAUAUCUAUAACGGAAGUGAACCCCUGUGAUACCCAGCAGUGCCAGAAUGGUGGAGUAUGUGUGGCAGACACCUUGAGUACUAUUCGUUGUCUUUGCACAUCAUGCUACUCGGGACCAAGAUGUCAAAUUGUUGGUAAUGCAUGUGCAACAAGUACAUGUGGUAAUGGUGGCAAUUGUAUACCAACCCCUGGAUCCUGCACAGAAUAUGUAUGUCAAUGUACAUCAUGCUUCACUGGUAGAUUCUGCACUGAAGGUGUUGAUAGCUGUGCAAAUCAUCAAUGUAACAAUGGAGCUGGCUGCACAGUCAAUAGUAACAACUGUCUACAGUAUAUUUGCAACUGUCCACCGUGUUAUGAUGGACAAUUCUGUGAAAUACGUAUCAACCCAUGUUCGAACCAUCAAUGCCAGAAUGGUGCAGUAUGUAACCCAUUAACAACCAACACUGGUGUCUCAUGUAAUGAGUACAGGUGUGAAUGUCCACCAUGCUUCAUUGGGGAGUUCUGCAAUCAACCACGUAAUCCAUGCCAGCCCAAUCCUUGUGGUAAUAAUGGAGGUUGUACUCCCCUGACGUCCAGUACUUCAGCAUCAUGUUUCUCCUACACAUGCCAAUGCAGAGGAUGCUUCACCGGCUAUAGCUGUCAAAUAGCAAUAAGUUCACCUUGUGUAACCAAUCCCUGUUUAAAUGGAGGAACCUGUACAGUGGUCCAAGGAAUGUGCACUACACAUGAAUGUGGUUGCGCCACUGGAUAUGCUGGAGUCAACUGUAGGAAUGUUGUGGGAGUGAAUCCAAAUCCUUGCAACAGCUUCCCCUGUCAAAAUGGUGCAAAUUGUUUGACGAUGGAUGGAACUUACUACGUCUGUCUUUGUCAAGACAACAGCCUUGGAAGAAAUUGCGAGGCUACACGAGAUUUGAUUGGACAAAUCAAUGCAUGUGCAACAUUCCCCUGUAGAAAUGGAGCAACAUGCCUGAAUAGCUACCACAGUAAUAGCAAUGUGGUCAGCGGAACCAGCCAGACCUACUCCUGUAUCUGUGCUAAUGGCUUCACCGGCACCAACUGUGCACAACGGAGUGCUGAGUUUACACAACUUAACAUCUGCCAGUUGGGUUCCAAGCCUGCUUGCACCAGAGGAGCAGGCUGCUUCAACUUAUACCAUAACUUUGAUCAAGACAUUGAUUACUACUGUCAAUGCCCCACAGGAUGGACAGGUCACAACUGUGAAAUGGAAGUACCUAACUCAUGUUCCAGUUCACCAUGUUUGAAUGGUGGCACCUGCCAGGCAGCCGCUAACUCAUUCUUCUGUAACUGCCAAACUGGAUACUUUGGAAACACUUGUGAAAAUUCUCAAGUUGAUAAUCAAGCGCCAAUUAUUUCAAGUUGCCCAUCUGCAAUCAGUCGGACAGCCCAAGGCAGCGGUGGUGUGAAUGUGUUCUGGAAUGCACCCGUAGCCACGGAUAACAGUGGAUUCACCCAAAUCAACUUCCAGUCUCAUGUUCCAGGAACGUUUUUCUCCCCUGGCACCACUCUGGUUACAUACGUCAUCGAGGAUAACUCACAAAACUACGCCAUGUGUCAGUUCAUUGUAACUGUAUUAUCUAUUUCAACAGACACCACAGCACCAUUUAUAUCUGGCUGUCCAUUUGGUCCAACUGUGAAUGCUCCAACUGGAUCGUCAUCAGCCACAGUUACCUGGUCAGAGCCCACAGCUACUGAUAAUUCAGGCCAACAACCUACACUCUCUAGGACCCAUACUCCUGGCUCUUCAUUCACUGUGGGUUAUACAGCUGUUGUCUACACAUUCCGAGAUGCAACUGGGAAUCAAGCGUCAUGUACAUUCUUGGUCCAUGUUAUAGGGACAACAUCAGAUCAAGUAAAUGUUGCUGGUUGCCCAAUCCAAGGAAUUACAGCCUCUGCAACCUCAGGAAGUACCAGCAUUGUACAAUGGACUGAACCUACAGCAACAGACAGCUUUGGACAAAGAGUUGUACCGACCAAGACUCAUUCGCCUGGGCAGUCGUUUGUUAUUGGUCAACCUACUCAAGUUACCUACACAUUUGUAGCAAUCUCUGGUGCCCAGGCUACCUGCUCCUUCACCGUUACUGUCACUAGGACAACAUCAGAUCAAGUAAAUGUUGCUGGUUGCCCAAUCCAAGGAAUUACAGCCUCUGCAACCUCAGGAAGUACCAGCAUUGUACAAUGGACUGAACCUACAGCAACAGACAGCUUUGGACAAAGAGUUGUACCGACCAAGACUCAUUCGCCUGGGCAGUCGUUUGUUAUUGGUCAACCUACUCAAGUUACCUACACAUUUGUAGCAAUCUCUGGUGCCCAGGCUACCUGCUCCUUCACCGUUACUGUCACUACUGGUGGUGGGGACACCAUUAACCCAGUAAUUAGGUGUCCAAAUGCUGUGGUUGCAUAUGUAGCAGGAGGAGUGACUAGCACCAGGGUGACAUGGCCUCCUGCUACUGCCACCGAUAACUCUGGCCAACAACCUUCAUUGACUAGCAAUCCUGCUCUUAACUCAAUAUUUACACUGGGAUUUUCUACCGUGAUGUACACUGCCACUGACCAAAGUGGUAAUAGGGCAACCUGUACAUUCCCUGUCAAUGUAAUUGUUGAUACACAGGCUCCAGUCGUGAGCAACUGUCCAACAAAUACCAUUACAAGUACCCUGCCUGUGGGUACCUCAGUUGUGACUGUUAGCUGGACGGAGCCCACUGCUAAUGAUAACAGUCAGCUACAAGUGCAGGUAGAUCAGACAAACUCUCCUGGGCAAUUCUUCCGCCAGGGAUCCGAAGAAGUUGUCUACACAUUCAGGGACAGUGUGAACAAUGUUGCAGAGUGUAGAUUCAUGGUGGUAGUCACAGCAUCAGGUGGCACUGGAAAUGCGUGUGACAGCAAUCCAUGCGCACCUAACCAGAACUGCUUCUUUUCUUCUAAUGCGUUUAUUUGUCGGGAUGCUCGAAGACGGAGAAGCGCUGAUGUAGAAGAUGGCAAUGAGUUUUGUCCAUGUGAGAAUGGAGGGGAAUGUAUUCAUGUUGAUUUACCAGCUACUACUUGUACUUGCCUACCUGGAUUCACAGGAAUCCUCUGUGAACAAGUCUUGGUAGCCAUGAAUGACGUUUGUAGUCCCAACCCAUGUCUUAACAAUGGUACCUGCAUUGAGACGAUUGUAGGCCACAAUCACAUGCAAACAGAGCACAUGUGCUUGUGUGCCCACGGAUGGGAUGGACCUAAUUGUUUCCACGCCGUUGAUGAGGAUUUACUGUCCACUACCAGUGAGAUUGAUUUGAUGUACAAUCAAGGUCUCCAGAGAACAGAGUGGUUCAUGGGAGCAUUGACUGCACUGGUGGUUGUGUUGUUUCUGGUGUUUGCUAUCACCAUAUGCUACCUAGCCAAGCGUCAAACCCCUCAAGAUAAGAAACUAGACGAUGAAGUAGCCAUCAUUCGAUAGGGAUCCGUCGUACUGGUGCAAUUGGACCAUUAUGACCAAUUUUUAUUUGAAGACAGUAUAGCUACUUCAGCAUACGGCCACAUAGAAUUCAUGCAUUUAGUUUGUUCUAAUAAAGCACCAUGUAUAGCAUUGGUUAUUUUUAAAGACCAUUAUCCGCUGCACUAUAUGUGACCUAUACAUGAAAUAACAAACCUGUGAGAGUUUAAGCUGUCAUCAGAGUCAUGGGAAAAAAACAGUGAAAACCCCAAACGUUUUCAUUGUCCGUUUUCAAACAUCAGGUUUUGGCAAAUGGCAAUUAAGAGCAAUUAUUUUACUUUUUUCCUAAAAACUAAAACAUUUUGAGCAAAACUAUUUCUAGGAAUGGUUCCCACUUUGACCUAUUACUUUGUGACCAUUUAAGUCAUGUCCAAAUCUGUGAACAUUUAUAUUUUCAGUCUAACCCAUGUUGUCAAACCCUUUAAGUCAAUCUAGAAUUAAAAAUUUUGUAGUCUACAUUAAGUUUACGUAAAGCAAUGCUUUUUUCAAAACAACUGCAACUAUUGGUGUCAUAAUUGUAGUCAAAAUGCUUUGCUACAAUGUACUUGAGCCACACUGAGGAUCUAGGAUAUCAUUGUCUAGACCUGAUUGAAUAAAUACAACAAAAAUAUGGCAGCUUAGCCCCUGUACUUAAACCUCUAGUUAACGCAAAUAUUUUUAAGAGAGCUAUAAAGAUUGUUAUUGUAAAUCAGUAUGCAAAACAUGGAAAUCCUAUGAACAUUAGUUUGUAUUUACUCCAUGUGUUUAAGCAAGAUGCCAGCUCUACUUAGUCCAUGCUGAAAUUAUUCCCUGACAAGGACCACUCAACGAUGAAGCCCUGUUGGAAAUGUUUGUAAAACAACUGAAUCAAUUAUUAUACCCGAAGGGAAACAUACAAAUAUUAUGUGAGGAUUUUAAAGGAGGUUGUCAAACCACAACUUUAUUUGCAUCACUGAUGUAGUAAACAAUCAAGUUUAGUUUCACCCGUGUUUAGUAACAAACAAAGUCUGUUUUUACUGACCGCCCCCCCCCUCCCCCACCAGAAGAAAAACACAAAUUAAAAACGGUUAAUUGUAAUACGAUUUGAUCUACUCAGCUGCUACAUUUUACAGAGAUUUUUCCACCACCAAAAAAGAACAAAACCAUCAGUCUUUUCAUUGGCAGAUAUUGAGAAAGCCCAACAAAAAUAAACAAAUAGCAAUUCAAAUUUUAACAGUAACUUAGUGCAAGAAAUGAAAGGUUUUAUCGUUAUAUUUGUUCGCCAAUUUUACUUGGAGAAACUAAUGAUGAAUCAGGUUGUAUUUUAUCAACCAUUGUGAGGGGCUUUGGUAUCUUGGCGAUAGAGUACCAGUACAGCAGGGUUGCUUGGAGGACAGUUCCACAGUUCACAGUCUGCUCACACAAGUUUGCUGCCACCUAGCGGCAGACCUUUAUUGAGUCCCAAAGACUGACUUAUAUCGAUGUCAAGUCAAGUAUUUUAUAUCAAUGUUAAUCGAGUCUAGCCUUGGUCACCAAAUUCUGGCUCCCAACCACAUAUCCCAAAUACUCUCCCAUUAGAUCCCCUUUCGUUGUCUCUUUUUGUUCUUCUCAUUUACCAGUGUUUGAAUAUAAUCAUCAAUGUAUAUGCCUAUCUCUCCUGAAAAGCUAGGAUAAAAAUUUGUGAGCGAUCGCGGGUCAUCGGCUUUUUAAUUGAUAAUGACUGAAAUGUAUCCCUCAUUCAAACAGAUUGAUUAAAUAAACAACGAGGUUUUGAAUUUGUUUUGUCUAUAAAGCAAUGAUAGGAAUACUCAAGCGUUUUAGAUUUUGUGGGAGCAGGACGUCCAUCGGCAUAUUGCCAAGCAAGUAUUACCAUCUAAGCAAGAAUUAGCGAAUCAACGACAUAUAUGCAGAUUGCGGGUAAUCAGUCUUUGCUUAGCGCAGCUUUAAUAAUUAAUUGUUUUGUUAUAAGCGUAUUGUUUAAGUCAUUGUUUGUAAUUUAGAAAAUUUUACAUUAGCUCAUGUUUAGCUAUGUUACUCAUUCUGUUAUUUUGAACGACAAUUUUGUCUAUUUUGAUAAUUAUGUAUUUUACAAUAAAAUAGCAUUUUUGUAUUUGG